CUCGGCUGACAACCUGACGAUUGCCUUGUCCAUUGUUCCCGCAUUUUACUAGCCAUUGCAAUUGCGCAGGGUGGUGAUGAACAGAGCACCUCUGUCCAGGGCUCUGAGGCUCCUGAGGCCUGCAGUUGCCCCCAGGCAGCACUGUCUCAACAUUGCCUCCCGAAAUGUAUCAACUGCUUUACGACCGAUAAUCCUAGAUGGGCGACCUCAUCUCUCAUGGGACGAGACUCCCCCCCGUCAACUGCUGCGGCGGAACUCUUCAACCGCAGGGACACAAAACAGGUCUUCUCAACAAAAUCAGGACUCAGAGAAGACUACUCCUAUGGGUACUUCCUGGGAUAGAUCUCGGAAGACCCGUCAACUCCAACAUCAGCGAACGAUGCCGAUACCGAGAAUUGCGGCUAAAGGUGACCCAGAAAAGUUUGUGAUUCUUCCUGUUUCGGUCAACUCCUAUGCUGUAUUUGGUAAAUCGUGGCUAAGGGAUAAUUGUCGAUGCCCAAAGUGUGUUCACCAAGACACAGCGCAGCGUCUUGUUGACAUUUUCUCGAUCCGUGAGAACAUCGAUAUCAGUGAAAUCCGCCCUGAUGCUUAUGGGACAACUGUAACAUGGUCUGAUGGGCAUGUUAGUAAGUACAGUUAUUACUGGCUACGUUUAUACCACAAGAACCCAAUUGAACAACCUAGACCGCCUCAUUUGAUGAGGUUCCGCGAAUUUGAUACGUAUAUUCCGGGUGAAGCUAAACCGCCGACGGUAUCCUACUCAGAAGUCAUGUCCAGCGACGAUGGGGUCUUGAAUUGGCUGCAGCAUAUCUACGACUGGGGUUUCUGUUUUGUUCGAGGCACCCCUGUCAAUCCUGAAUCCACCGAGGCCCUCUUGAAACGGAUUGCUUACAUUAGGCACACACAUUACGGUGGCUUUUGGGAUUUCACAGCCGACCUGACUUUCAAAGAUACUGCGUAUACCAACGAGUUCCUUGGAGCGCACACGGACAACACGUACUUCACAGAUCCAGCACGGCUUCAACUAUUCCACCUAUUGUCCCACACAGACGGUGAAGGAGGAGCUAACCUGCUUGUUGACGGCUUUCAAGCAGCGUCAAAACUAAACGAGGAGAACCGGAAACAUGCCCUGACUUUACAGGGUGUCACACAACCAUACCACUCAAGUGGAAACGAAGAUGUUUGCGUACAACCCGCAGAACACUAUCCCGUUUUCAAAGUAAACUCGCUGAACAUGAGUACUAUGUAUCAAAUCCGCUGGAACAAUUAUGACAGAUCUGUCAAAUGGGAUUGGACAGUGGAGGAGCAGGAGGCCUGGUACGAUGCAGCUGGCCAUUUUAAUGAAAUCAUUCAUCGACCCAACCUGGAAAUAUGGACGCAACUAGAACCAGGAACAGCACUGAUCUUUGACAAUUGGAGGAUGCUUCACGGGCGUUCUGCAUUCACUGGGAAACGAAGGAUGUGUGGUGGUUAUAUUAAUAGCGAUGACUUCCUUUCUCGAUAUCGCCUACUCAGAUUCGGCCGCAAAUCACUGCUUCAUAACCUUGGGAGCACGAAAUACUCUAAGGCAAAUCCAUACUACUACAUGUGAAGGGAUCUUAUGCCUGGAUCGAUAAUUUCGCUGAAUGGUUUAUGGAGGUAGUAUAAUAUAUCUGGAAAGUUUGGGCUUCUCUAGCAGAUAGAUCUCGUAAGUAGUAAGAGUUUCUACACUGGUUUUAUAUGGAAAAUCGAUACAAAAAAAAGAAAAUAAAGGGCUUGAAACUCUACAAACUAGUCCUUUUGAAAUAUUUAAGUCACGCAUACUUCGUUAGUUCACUCGACGCUGCAUGAAUUUGUAAGUCGGUCACGUGAAAC